CUCCAGCUCCUUUCAUGUGUCCGAUUCCCCGUCUCACUGGAGUCUCUGGGAGUCGCGAGGGGAGAGGAGAGAGCGGGACACGGCUUCCUGUAUCUUUGCAAAUUAGUAGAAAGAUUGGCCUGGGGCGCUUACAUCCACAGAGCACACUGCAGAAAGAGAAUACUAGAGUUAAAAUGAAUAUAAAACAUGUUAAUUAAGAAGUUUGAACUAGUUUUGGUAUUUUUACAUAUUUGACCUAAAACUUUUGAUUUGUUUUAAGAUAUUUCUGAUCUGGAAUGACAUAUGUGUAAACUGGGUAUGAGAUAAACUGUGCAGAACACUUAUCCAUUACUUAAAACUCAGAUAUUUUAAGUAUAAUAAUAGUAGAACCUUCACUGCUGUACACAUCAUCAAAUUGCGUCUAAACUAGAACUAAACCUGGACUGGACAAGGACAAAACCAAAACACGAUUUAUAUUAGGAUUAACAUGGGCUCAAAUCAUUCUAAUGACUUGAAUCUAGGCGUACUGCUGCAGAAAAUAUCACAGUAAACUAUAAUGUUGAAAGUAGUUUGAAAGAAGUAAGCAGAUAGUCCCAGUAAACCAUUGCAGUAUCGUUAAAAGGAUGAGCAGCAAUAAAUAAAUGAAUAAACAGACUGAAGACACUACUGUAAAGAAAAAGUAACCAAUGAACCCUAAAAACAUCGUUCCAGCUCUCAUUUAUUAGUAAUUAUCGUGACAGCUCUACUCACAUGUAGUAUUUUCUUGUGUAGUACAGGAUGCACGUGUGAAGAUGGGGUAGAGCGAGGUGCUCUUGCAUCUGUAAUUCAGUUUCAUUUCACACAACCACAGGAAAUCUUUGAUGAGUGACUAACACAGAUUUUAUGUAUUAUAUUCAGUAUUGGUAAGGUCUACUGAUACGUAUUCACAGAUUUUUAGUAACUGUAUUCUGGACAUUCAGAGUACAGUUACUUUCCUCAAAUCAGUGGAUUGCAGUAUUUGAUCGCACACAAUUCAAACUGUACAUAACUAGUGAGAAAAAUACAAAAAACAGUGCUCUUGUGGUGAGUAAAUGUGAGAUUUUUCCCUCUUUAAUCGGUGAUCUGAAAUGCAUAACAAACAGAGAAACAAACAUACAGUUGUUUUUAAUCCUAUAUUGUUCCCAUUUAAAUGUGACUCUAUGUAAAAGUAUUCUAAGUAUUCAGAAUACAGUACUCUAACUGGACCAUGUAACAGAACACUUUACAUUUACUAUUCUAUAACUAAAUACAUUUGUUCCAUCCUUGAUUACAUGCAUGAUGUGCUAAUAGCAUAACUGUGAAAUUUGCCUUUAGAUGUGUAAUUGGUGUAUAUCCCCAAGUAUGAUGAAAGUUGAAUAUCUAAUUAUCAAAUCAGAACUUAUGCUGCAAAGCUACUAUUGGGUUUUUGAGUUUUACUGUUUGUGAUUACAAUUUGACAACUAUUUUCAAGGUUAUGAUGCACCCUAUAAUUUUCAAUUAACAUGGACCAUUAUAUUGAAUUGACUGUUUUAUAGCUGCUGACUCGUGUUCAAUUAUUAAAGCAUGGGCAACACAACAGAACUCCACUUCUAAUUACCACUAGAGUAAUAUUAGAAUUUACAUCUGGCUACUUUUCUUGUAAAUAAAAGCAAAACAGAAAUUGGUUUAGUUUCCUGAGCUUGCAGUACCACGUCCGUCCACUAGAUGUCAGUGAACGGUUGGAGCCACUGUACUUCAUGAUUUUAAACCAUGUUAGCUUUGUGAAUAACACUUAUACCCACCUUGCUGAAGCUCAUAUUAUUUCUAGCUGUAUUUGUAGAUGUGGAUUUGUAGCUUAAGUGUCUAAAAACACAGUGAAAGUGCUUAGAUCAGCCCAUAGGCUCCGGUCCUACAGACGCGCGUUUCCCGUUGGCUGAGGCGCAGGGUUCAGUCUGUUCUGUUUCUGGGUCACAUUAUCAGGACGAGCAUCAAAACAACACGGUGUCUGUAGCUGUUCAACUGCCAUUUCAAUCGCAUUAUCAGCGCCUGUUAUUCGACUAAAACAGCUGUAUUUCUGGUCUGAUUACUGCGGGAUGUGCUGAUGCGUCCGUGUCGUAGUUUAGCCGUAGUUUAGCCGAGGACAUUUAGCUUGUUUUGUGUGUUGCGCGUUACAUAAUGUGGCAUCGGUAUGUCUUUUAACGCAAACCUUUAGCCUGAGAGGACCCCGACGAGGUUUUAUAACUGUACAUUUUGCUUAUACUCGAAUUUAAAGAGCCAUGGCAUUCAAAAGGGUGUAUUUUAGCAUAGGCUAUGCUACUUUUGGCACGCUAGUCGGACUCUCGGCUUUCCUAACCUGGAACCUUGCUUAUAAACAGCACUGGACAGCAGCGAUGGGAGGCCUCUCAGGCGUGUUGGCGUUGUGGGUGCUGGUCACUCAUAUCAUGUAUUUACAAGACUACUGGCGCACCUGGCUCAAAGGCCUCCGGUUCUUCAUUGGUGUUGGGGUGCUCUUCUCUGUUUUGGCUGUUUCUGGAUUUGUCACCUUCCUGAGUCUUGCCAUCACACAGAAGCAAUCGCUGACUGACCCGAGGAGCCUGUACCUGUCUGCAGUGUGGAGCUUUCUCACUCUGAAAUGGGCCUUCCUCCUGUCUCUGUAUUCACACAGAUAUCGCCAGGAGUUUGCAGAUAUCAGCAUCCUCAGUGAUUUCUAGUCUGGACGCACUUUACGCUACAGUCAGUGGACUUACUAUGAAGGUUAUCAAUUUAUUAUUCAACUUUAGUUUGAUAAUAAAUGAGACAGCCGGUUAUACCUAAAGGAGGAGUCACCUGGAUUGUAGUACCGCAUUGAAUUGCACUGAACAAGCUUUGUUUCUGUUCUAACCUGCUCUCCUACCAUGUUACAUCCUACCUGUUACAUGUUUGUGGUGGCUGCCUCUGAGAAGACUUGGUCAAUGAUUUGCGUAUUUGGAUUUUUAAAGAGGCAGAAUGUGUUUUUACUAGUUAAAAAUAUGAAUUAUUGUGUACAUUUGAGAUAAGACAAAUUAGUCUGUAAAAUGCACAAAAAUGAACAGAAAUCACUACAAAAAUAUUCCUGAUCAUGCUACAUUUGGAAAUCACAUGUGUUGCCAUUUUAAUUGAAAGACUGCUAUGGAAUUCUUUUGGUAAUUUGCUGCUUGGUUUUAUAUCGUGCAACCUCACAGUGGAAGUUUUAUUCUUGCUUUGUUACCAUUUUAUAGUCCUGAAAUGUAACCACUGAUAUUUGAAAACUGAAAGUUGGGGUUUUAAUGUUGUAAAUAGAAUUCCUAAGUCCUUGCCCUUGCUUUUCAUGUCCUCCAGGGGGAGACAAACUACACAGAAUAAUCUUAACAUUCCUCUAAAACAGACAGAAAUGAAUUUGAUGAGAAAAAAUGCACUUUAGUGUUAAUAUUGAUGCCAUGCUUUUGCACAGAUGUAUGUUAUCAUUCUAUAUUACAUAUCUUACUGUCAUUUUUACAUAUCUAUUUGGUAUACCGUGGAUGUGUACAAAACAUUUGUAUUAUUUUGAGUAUUGUUUUAGCCAUGAAUUAAUGUAUGUAUUUUUGUUUCUCAUAUAAAGCCUAUUGUUUUGCCUAUGAGGGAUUGAAUGACUUGUGUCAAAUAGAAACUCCACCUAUUAAACAUACAUCCAAUGUUCCACUAU